AUGUCCUUUCGAAACAACGAAGGACGCCGGUACGGACACGUCCCGCCCGUCCAGUAUCCAGUCGCUGGCCAGCAGCCCGCGGAGCACUCCAACAUGGCCCGCCAGGCGAGCUUCAACCAUGGCGACGAUGGCACUUACUACGAGGGCCAUCCCCAGGACCAAUACAGCGGCGCCUUGACACAUGCGCAUCGGCCGUCGGCCAGUGUUGGCGACGACGAACUCUUCAUAUCAAGCCAGACAAACUACCCGGCCGGCCGGCCAGCGUCCAACUCUGCCGGCAACACCGCAAUGUCUGGCUACGCCCACCAGUACCAACAAGAGCAGCCGCCGCCUACGCCCUCGCACGCUGCGUACAACCCCCAGUCGUUUGCGCAGCCUUCCAACUUCCAUCGGUCGCAGUCUACCAACGUGCCCUAUGUCCAUCAGCAGACCAUGUCGACACGAUACAAUGCGACUCCGAUCAGCUCAGGCAGCGCUUAUAGCAGCCCCUCGCCGAACAACUACGGCGCCCCUCAGACAUACAACCCCGCGGCCUAUGCUUCUGCGGCGCCGCAGCGAUAUCCUACGUAUCACGGGCAUAACAGCAGCCAUGACCAACCCUAUGGUGCUGGCGCUGGGCAGACAUCGCCGUCCUUCCCGCCUCAGUCCCCAGGCGUGCCAUAUCCGACGCAGUCUCCAACAAGAAACGCCUCGUAUCAGCAGACCAUGCCCACCAGUCCGUCGUCGUUCGCCGUCACUGGCUCUCAAACUCAGUCUUCGGCUUAUGCCUCUCCAACCUACAGCACAGGGCAGUAUCAGGCAUAUGGCUCUAACGGCGGCAGUCCAAGCCCUGCUGCUUAUUCUUCCAACUCUCAGGCGCCAUACCCAACCACCUCUCAGAUGCCGGCAUAUCCUACAAGUAAUGACGCCGCCUAUUUUACUCGACCUGGGCGGUCAGACUCACAGGGCUCAUCUUCACUGGCAUCACCAUAUAUGCAGCCACUUGGAUCUCCCGGGGUAGUUAGGCACCCAACCAAUGCUCCUCUGCCCAGCCGACCAAUGGCUGACCUGCCCGAGGAGGCUACCCCCUGGGAUGCGAACGGUCGCCCACUUCCUCAGCCCCAUCCGUACCAUGAGGAUGAACCCUACGACCAAGAAAGCAUCAUGCAAGAAAUCGAGGCUGAACUAGGAAGGACGGAUCCCCGGCCACUGCCCUCGCCGCUCCCGGCUAACGGCCAGAUGACGCUUCCUCACCGACCAUCGAGCAGUACUGCGGCGCAAGCCGUCUACGACGACGGGGAUGACUCCGAUGACUUGGAGGGAGCUGCCGGCGUACUGGCAAUGCAGCAAGCUGAACUGGAGGAGAGGCGAUUCAGCGGAAGCAGCUUCAUAUACAACGAGGGACCGACUAUUGCGCACCCACCUCAGUCCAAUCCGCUCCCCCCACCGCCUGAAGAGCAAGAUCAUAGCAGUGAUAGUGACUUUGGAGGAUUCAUGGACCUGGGAGGCCUCAGCGGUGGCUAUGCAGGGACACUCACCUAUGGAGAUGGCAUCGGAAACUACACGGGCUCUUCUUUGUCUCAAGGAUCUCCUCGGCCUUUGCCAACACCUGGCCAAAGCCGACCUGCUCAAGUAGACUACGGUGAUACAGGCGGCUUACAGGCGCCCCGUGCCAAGAGACUCAGCUUCGACGAGGGCGAUGAGAGAGUCUCCCUUCAUUCUCGCCUUAGUUCAACAGCUGAAUCCCCGAGUAAAGAUGAUUAUGAAGACCUCUUUUAUCACCCAGGUCUUUCGAACCGACCUCUACCAGCCCUGCCCCCGGCCCCGGGCUCAGACACUAGCUCCAUGACUUCUGGGCAACUCACCAGUCUUACCGGGUACCAUUCAUAUUCUCGAAGUAGCGAUUCAAGAAGCCAGCAGUAUGAGAACCCAGAGAACUUUUAUACUGGUAAUUCUUCCUCCUCGCAUCAGCCUGAAAGAUCGGUUUCACUGGCGGGCUAUAGCCAUACGCCGCAGGUGCAGACACCGGCAAGAUCAAGGACAGAUGCGGCGGAAGAGCGCAGGAAAUUGGCCAAGCAACAGGGGGUGCCGCAUCAGCCGUCCCUGCCAAUUACUGAAUAUGAUGGCGGAAUGAAUGCUCCAGUAGGAGGUUUCGACAGCAUCACCCUGCCCACUGGAGGCAGAAAGAAGAAGUUUAUUCCGUCAAAGCUUACGCCUGCCGACUUUAGGCGAUGUCCAGAGCCGUGGGCACUCAGCGGCAUUGAAGCUUGGAUCCGUGAGAUGGCCGAGGGAGAGCUUGACCUGAGAGAGAAGAUUAUCGAGGAGGCGUUGACCAUCAUGUUUACUUUCAAAGUGCCAACUAUGAAUGUUGCCGAUGCCGAGGCUCUGAGUACCACUGUGCUGUCUCACAUGCUCAAAUACGGCGUCCUUCUACCUGAUGAGGAAUGGGUGAAACUUGGAAGCGGCCACAUCUCGGGAGUCUUAUGGCAGUUGACCGGGUCUGGAUGUUACGCUCCCAAGCUUCACGAUGUGGAGAUCAGUGGCCGUUGCUAUUCAACCCACUGUAUGCGUACACUCAAAAAGGUGGAUCUUGAGGGCUUGAACGAAAAGGCCGCUGAUGACUGGCACGUUUUCUAUAAGCUUACAAAAGAAGACAUCGAAUCCCGCCCAAAGAAGGAGGUGGAACGCCAAAACAUUUUACACGAAAUCGUCACCGGUGAAGAGCUUUACAUUAGACAGCUAGAUAUCUUCCGCACACUCUACCGAGACGAUUUGCGAACCAGGCAGCCGCCCAUUAUCCAUCCCGACAAGCGCGAUAAGUUCUUGACCGCAGUUUUUGGAAAGCUCGACACAGUUGUCCACAUCAACAAGGACAAUCUCUUGGCGCAGCUCAAGUAUCGCCAACAGGAGCAAGGGCCGUGGAUUGUCGGCUUUAGCGAUCUCUUCCGAGAGUGGAUUCGUAAAGCUAAAAAUGACUACAUUGAGUAUGCUACUGGAUAUCCUCGCGCCGCGUAUAUGAUACGCAAGGAGGCCAGCAGAAACCUCUUAUUCAAGAAAUUUUUGGAAGACAAACAGAAAGACAAAGCCUCCCUGAAACAAGAUUGGACUCAUUUCCUUAUCACUCCGCUGCAGCGUCUCCAGCGAUAUAUCCUCCUUCUUGAAACGGUAGAGCGAAAGAUGGUAGGGGAUAGCGAAGAGCUGACCAACCUCAAGCGAGCCAUUGAGGAGAUUCGUGUGGUCACUUUGGAAUGUGAUGCCAAGGUUGCGGAGACCAACAAGAGAGUGGAAAUGAUGGAGCUCGACAGAAUGCUCAUUUUGCGACCAGGCUUCCAGUCUGUGCUUAACCUUGACCACCUCGGUAGAACUCUUGAAAUACAGGGUGAUUUGCAAAGAUUGAGUUCGAGCGGUAUAAAAUGGGUGGAUACACAUGCCCUGCUAUUUGACCACUAUUUGAUUUUGGCAAAGGUGGUCAUCUCUAGAGAUGGUAGAGGAGAGAAGAAAUAUGAUGUAUCCAGAGAGCCAAUUCCGAUGCCUCUUUUGUUCCUGGAAAGUAACAAUGACGAGCCCGUUAUCAAACAAAAGGGUAUUACAGCUCCUCUGGCCAGAACAGCAGCCGUUGUGCCUGCCGCCGGACCCAUAAACCAGCUCAACAAAGUUCCAACAAAUAAUGCUAUCCGACCAGGCCUUGAGCAUACUGCGACCGGCUCGACCACUGGCUCGUCAACGACGCUCACGCCAGCGGGUUCCAACGAUGGCGAAGCCAACAUCCUCUAUCCCUUCAAGAUUAAGCAUUUAGGCCAUGAAGUAUACACACUCUAUGCAUCAACUGCUCGAGAUCGAGCAGACUGGUGUACGAAGAUUGUUGAGGCGAAGACAAAGCAUGCGAAGGCGUUGUUCUCUCAGAACGCAGAACCAUUCAGGCUUCGUGUACUUGCCGAUGCUUCUUUUAACUAUGACAUCGCCUCUCCUCACGCAAGGUCUGCUGGUGUUCCUGUCAAGGGUACGCCGCUCGACAGAGCAAUUCAGGAAUUAGAAGGCGUCCUUGGCUCUGGGCAAGGCGUGGCUCCCGUCUGUCGUGCCCAGGUGAAUUGCGCCACAGCUUUCUCAGCGUUCGGCAAGGCCGUAAUUGCCAUUGGAACAGACUAUGGCAUUUAUAUUGCUGACCCUUCAAAUCCCCGAGGAUGGACCCGGACUGUCCAAAUCGCUAGAGUUACGCAAAUCGCCGUUCUGGAGGAGUUCAACGUGUGUGUUGUAAUUGCAGACAAGUCGUUGAUAUCUUAUCCUUUGGAUGUGGUGGCCCCAGUCUCAGAAUACGCCGCGCCUGUCAAUGAUAAUCCCAGAAAAGCUCCUCAGAGGCUGGCCAAGGACGUGACCUACUUUGCGACGGCAAGGAUGAAGGAUCGAACCCUGCUAUUCCACAAACGAAAGGAAGGUUUGCACACCAUGUUCAAGGUGCUUGAGCCCAUUUUGCAGAAAUCGUCGGAAAAGAAGUCGCGAUUGUUUGGAAGGGGCAAGGGUACCUCAGGAAGCACUGAAUCCUUCCGUGACUUUGACGAAUUCUUUUUCCCGACAGAAUGUUUCUCUCUAAGCCUUUUCCAGACUUAUAUCGCCGUGUCUACAUCAAAAGGUAUUGAGAUGUUGACGCUUGACAAGAAGCAGCCAAUCUCCAUUCCUGAUCUCAAGGCCCCAGCAAUUGCCAAUAUUGCCAACCGUAUCCGAGAGCAGCAUCCUCUGGGCAUGUUCCGACUUAACGAAAACGAAUUCAUCCUCACAUAUGAAGACUGUGCCGUAUACGUCGACAAACAUGGCGAAGUGAGCAGAACCCUCAUCAUGGAGUAUACGGGCAAGCAGAAGAAGGCCAAGGGUGCGACCAUGUACGGACAGUAUCUCAUCUUGUACAAUGAGGACUACGUCGAGGUCCGUAACGCUGACAACGGACGGCUACGACAAAUCAUUGCUGGAAGAGAUGUGCGGUUGAUUGACUUUGGCGUGAGAGGUCCGACGGGAGACAACGCGGCUCAGGCCUCGCAAGUGUAUAACCAAAAUGGUGGCCUGUCAACGGCGGGCGACGUUUCCAAGGGAACUGUCAAGAUUGCCAUGUCUCACCCAGAGCUGUCGGGCAGGCAGAUUAUUCUGGAGAUGCUUCUUAACGACGGCCAUGCUGAGUAA